CUAUAGAAACCACAGGCCUUUUGGCCAUGCCACAGAAUGGUAUAUCAGUGGAGACCCAGUAUCACUAGAAGACUAUCAAGAAAUGCGGUCAAGAAUGGCUGACAUUUUCACCAGGCGAUGGCACUUCAGUCAGUCGCUGUUGUACCACCAGCUAGGCAAGUCCCUGAACUCACAUCGGAAUUCUUGCGGAGAUAACAUGAGCCAGAGUCACCUUCAAACGGAUCAGCUGCUCUUCGAGGAGAAGCCACUCCAUGUGCCGCCCCUCUCGGAGCUACAGAAAGUUAUACAGGGUGCCUUGAGUGAGAACUUUCGAACCGUAGAAGUGAGUGUGGGAUCUUGCCCAGAUCUAAAGGCCUCGCAGUUCGGCCUUGUGGAAAGUGGACUGGGUGGCAAGGCCACUCUGCUGGAGGCAGGAGGUCCGCCCUAUUUGCGCCCUUUAGUGCAGCGUGAUAAGCUCUACAAUCUGAAGGAAAUCACGCGAAAGGCCCAGGGACCGGGCCAGAUCUUCGCAGUUGGACCAGGAGCAGGUCCUUGGCCCAUCCGCCAUUCCAACUGCGAAGGCAUCUUUAAUUUCUCGCUUAACGAAAAGGACGAACUUACCCAGGGAAGUUACACGGCCACUGUGAGGGGAGAAACUGAGGAGUGCGUUCUGGAAAGGAUUCCCGAGACGGAACCCCGUUGCGCCCUAAUCCUAAAUCUCUUCCUUAGCGAGGGAAAGCCAGGUGAAGUGCUCAGAAUUUUUGCAAAACAGCGAACUGGAGAUGAAAACUUUGUGGAGUGCAUUCGCAAGGGUCUGGAGAAACACUAUGGUGAUGAGGUGGUGGGUCUGGGCGGUAUCUUCGUGAUCAAGAAGGGUGCUGCCCACCAGCAUGUGAUGCGGGACUUCAGCAAGACUCCCAUACACACCCAGGAACAGAUUCAGAACUGGCUCAAGUUCUACGAAAUGCCCGCCCAGCUGAAUGCAGUGGGCACUCUGGUGACCAAGGACAUGGGACUCGACCUGAGGCUGCAGCACUUCCACUCCUUCUCCUUUGAGAACUGGGGCGGUCACUACCACUACGACACCACGCCGGAUAAAGUGGAGUACGAGGCCUACCUGAAUGUGGCCGAACGCGUAGUCCGCGUGGACAGACCACGUGUGACCGAUCAGUUGGGAAGAGACUGAUAGCUAUCCAUCACUCCUGGUAAUGACUGUGGCCAAAAAUAAAUAUCUUCUAUGGAAA